CACACCCCGCGUUCUGUCCCGCGUGCGUCCCCCCCGCAUCGCCGCCUCGGCUCGCGGCAGGGCCUCUCCUUCUCCUCCUCCACCUCCUCCUUUCUAGAAACUUCGCCGUCUCGCUCCUCGCUCCGUUCAUUCCGUCUGUCGGUGGUGGCGCUGCAGAGGCGGGAGCGAGCCUGGCGGGCAGGCAGCGAAAGAGCCUCUUCCCUUCUUUUCCCUCGGAGCGGAGAGGAAACGGGCCCAGCCAGCGAGCGCCUCGCCUGAGGAGCAGCCGCAGCCGCCGCUCCUUCCUUCCUUCCAUCCCCAAGGGCCGCCUGCCUCGUCGCACCGGCGUCGCUCGGCUGAGGAGCGGCCGCACCGCCGCUCAGCCCCAGCUACAGCCCGGGUGAAGCGCAGAAAGUAGCAGAUCAUCAUGACCGCCGAGGAGGUGAAGGCCGAAGAGAUGAGCGCGGCGGCCGCCGCCGCCACGGAGGGAGAGCAGGGAGUGGACAUCACCCCCAAGAGCGACGGCGGAGUCCUCAAGAUUAUCAAGAAAGAAGGAACAGGGACAGAAUCUCCUAUGAUAGGUGAUAAAGUGACUGUCCACUAUACUGGAUAUCUUCUUGAUGGCACAAAGUUUGACUCAAGCCGGGACAGAAAAGACAAGUUCUCAUUCGACUUUGGGAAAGGUGAAGUUAUCAAAGCAUGGGACAUUGCUGUGGGAACGAUGAAAAUUGGGGAACUUUGUCAAAUUACCUGCAAACCAGAAUAUGCCUAUGGUUCUGCGGGCAGCCCCCCUAAAAUACCUCCCAACGCGACUCUGAUUUUUGAGAUAGAGCUGUUUGAGUUCAAGGGGAAAGACCUCACAGACGACGAAGAUGGUGGGAUAAUCAGAAGAAUCCGUAAGAAGGGAGAAGGCUACUCCAAGCCCAAUGAGGGAGCCCUGGUAGAAAUUGAGGUAGAAGGUCGCCAUGGAGACAGAGUAUUUGAUAAACGUACACUGCGACUUGAAGUGGGAGAGGGAGAAAACUAUGAUCUUCCUCCUGGCCUAGACAAAGCUUUGCAGAAAAUGGAGAAAUUAGAAGAGUCUGUGAUCUAUCUCAAACCCAGCUAUGGUUUUGGAAGUGCUGGAAAACAGAAGUUUCAGAUCCCUCCAGAUGCAGAACUACAGUAUGACGUCAAACUCAAAAGCUUUGAAAAGGCUAAGGAUUCCUGGGAGAUGAACACUGAAGAGAAGCUGGAACAAGGCUCCAUUGCAAAGGAAAAGGGCACUCAGUAUUUCAAAGAGGGAAAAUACAAACGAGCAACAUUACAGUAUAAGAAGAUUGUAUCAUGGCUGGAGCAUGAAUCGGGGCUCUCUGAUGCAGAAGACACAAAGGCCAAGAGCUUGAGGCUUGCUGCCCACCUUAACCUGGCCAUGUGCCACCUGAAGCUGAAGGAGUAUUCCCAGGCCUUGGAGAAUUGCAACAAGGCCCUUGAGCUGGAUAGCAGCAAUGAGAAAGGCCUCUUCCGGCGUGGUGAAGCCCGGCUGGCUGUCAAUGACUUUGAGUUAGCCAGGUCAGAUUUCCAGAAGGUGCUACAGCUCUACCCAAGUAACAAAGCAGCCAAGGCGCAGCUAGCAAUCUGUCAGCAAAGGAUCCGCGAGCAGCAUGAAAGAGAGAAGAAGAUGUAUGCCAACAUGUUUCAAAGACUUGCAGAUAAGGAAGCUAAGGUGGAAACUGAUACAGUCCGCAAAGAUGACACAGAAAUGAAAGAUGACAAGCAGAACGGAGUUGAAGAAAAAACAGAAGUUGAUGUAGAAGCUUAAGGCUGAAAUGCUGUUCCAUUAGUUUUGUAAAACUGAAGAAUUUCCAGUGAACUAGACCUUUAUUUUUCUAUCUGGUUGGAUAAGGGGCAGAGGCUGGGGCUAUGGUGCCGCUUUGUGUCUGUCUGUGUAGGAAACUUGGGUGACAGAACAGACCUGAAGUAAUCUUAAGGUCUCUUAUUUAUUCAAUCAUGCAUUCUGACUCUGUUGUUUUUUCUUGGAAGUUCUCUGUCAGAAUCCCACCCUCAUUGGUUCCCUUUUCUUCUCUCACUGGCAUCUCUCUCGAGUUCCAGCUCAGCCUAACCCCAAAUCCUGCUUUUUCAUGGUUCCCUUGUUUGUUUUUUAAGUAAUCACCUUAUCCACACAAAAAGGUCAUUGUAUGGGAGACUUAUGAACAAACAAAACCACUGGGUCUCUCCUCCAACUCAAGCCUGGCCCCAUCUUAUUUCCUCUUAUGGCAGGCAUCCUCCUCCCAUGGGCAAGUGUUGUCACCUUUCUUGUAAUGCCUCCUCCUUUGCACAUUGCUGAAGGUGAAGACUGUGAAGUCCAAAGCUUGAGCAAUAAAGCACCAAAAAAAAAAAAAAAACCUUCAA